AUGGAGGAUUUUGGCAGGCUCAGAGAGCGCAUGGUACAAUUCGAGCAACAUUUACACCAUGCGUUGAAUGACAGGACUUCUUCAGCGGCUGUCGCAGUACAGUCAUACAGGGAUGCUGUAAGCCAACUGCGAACUCGUCAGCGGGUGUUAAUAGACAAAUUAGAAGAGCUUAAAGAGCUUGAAAUCAAACUGCAAGAGGACCAAAAGAAUGCCCAGAGGGAUGCCGAAGGUUCUCGGUCAAGAUUGGGUACCUUUAGAAUACGCCAGCAGCAGUUGCAAUCUCAAAAAAGUGCAUUAGUAGAGGAGAGUAAAGAAUUGGAAUCCCUAAUGGUUCAAAAGCAAAGAGAAAUUGAUCAGAGACGUGCACAAUUGCUCAGACAACGACAGAAGGAUCAUCCUGAAGUUAAACUUUACGAAGAGCUAUUAGGAAUGCGUGUAGAUGCAUCUCAACAAGGUACUCUAAGGUUUAUUUUCGACCAUUGGGAUCACGAGAACCCAUUGCAGGAAUGUCAGUUGACACUAGACGUUUCUGGAGACCAAUUCGUCCUGCUAGAGACAGUACCACCAUUAGAAUCCGAUGAACAGAAACAAGAACUAGUGGAACGGUUUAACAAGAAUAAUGACGUCAGAAGCUUUCUAAUAGAGACAAGAUCAAUACUUGCAUCACGUGUGGUAGGCAGACGUUAG